AUGCAGUGCAAUUUCAAUGCAACUCUGCUGAUCAGCGUGCUGCCUCCUCUGCUGCUGAUAGAGUUUGUUCUGGGUGUCCUCGGGAAUGGUUUGGCUCUCUGGAUCUUCUGCUUCCACCUGAAGCCCUGGAAGAGCAGCACGGUUUUCCUCUUCAACCUGGCACUGACUGACUUCAUGCUCAACUUUGCUCUGCCUUUCCGUGCCGCCUACUACUUCUCAGGUGCCAGCUGGGGCUUUGGAAAUGCGUUCUGCAACAUUUGUCUCUUCAUGUUGGCACUGAACCGCAGUGGAAGUACUAUUUUCCUCAUGGUUAUAGCUGUGGACAGGUACAUGCGUGUGGUGCACCCACAUCAUCCUGUUAACUAUGUGAGUGUCACCAAAGCAGCGUGUGGUGCAGCCGUGCUGUGGCUAUUCACAAUUUCGCUGACGGCUCACACCCUCACUAUACCAUGGAAGAACACAACCUACUGUGAAAGUUUCAUAGUUCAGACUGAGCCCAGUGUUCGACUGACUUGGCAUAAAACUGUAUUUAUUUUUUCCUUCUACAUGCCUCUGGCUGUGAUUCUCUACUGCACCUUCCAGAUUAUUGGGCAUUUGAGAGGGAGGCCGCUGGCCCAGCAUCCACAGACCAAGAGGGCUCUGUGCUUCAUCACAAUAGUGGUGAUGCUCUUCAUCAUUUGCUUCCUCCCGAGCAAUAUCAUACAGCUAUGGAUCUGGUUCAAGACCCAAGAGUUGCCAAAAAACAUUCCUUUAUCUGAGUUUUGUGCCAACCUGGAGGACCUGCAAACAGCCUUUUACAUCACCAUCAUCCUCACCUACCUCAACAGCAUGCUGGAUCCUCUGGUCUACUACUUCUCCAGCCCGGCCUUCAAGAACAUCUGCCGGAGAGCUCUUCACCAGGCCAAGGUCACCGUGGAGAGCAGUGACAGGAAAAUUCGAGAAACGGGCUCCCAGGCCAUCAGCCAGAUGUGA